GCUCACAUCCCUAAUGCCUAAGAGAAACAAAAUCUGAACACUACUGAGCAAUAAUUAAAUCAAGAACUCUUCAGUGCAUUUGCUGAAGAUUAAAAAAGCUUCUUGAACAAGAUGCAAUUUAUCAAGCAAAAAGAGAAAAAGAGAACUGCAAGAAAAUAAGCAAACUGAAGGAAGAGCUAACAAAACUGAAAUCAUUCACUUUAAUGCUAGUAGAUGAGCAACAACGUUUAACAGAAGAACUGAGUCAGCAAACUGAACAAAUUCAAGAUUUAACCACCUCUGCAGAACAAGCACAUGAAAAAAUAUCCAUUGCAGAAUCAAAAGCCCAAGAACAGGAGCAGAAAGCUCUCAGGUUGGAAGGAGAACUUCAAACACAAAUCAGAACAACUUCCCAAGAACAGGAAGCUACAAUGGCCAAAUUAACCAAUGAAGAGAGCCAAAAUCGUCAGCUCCGCUUAAAAUUAACAGUUCUUAGUCGACAGGUUGAUGAGCUUGAAGAAACUAACAAGUCUUUAAGAAAGGCAGAAGAAGAACUGCAAGAACUAAGAGAGAAAAUCCACAGAGGGGAAUGUGGAAACUCUACCCUCAUCUCUGAAGUGGAGGUACUCCGGAAAAGAAUCCUAGAGAUGGAAGGAAAAGAUGAGGAACUAAUAAAAUUGGAAGAGCAAUGUAGAGAGCUUCAUAAGAGACUAGAAAAAGAAACCACACAAAGUAAAAAUUUUAAAGUAGAAGUUGAUAAACUCAAUAAGAGAAUUAUGGAUCUUGAGAAACUGGAGGAUGCUUUCACCAAGAGCAAUCAGGAAUGUUCCUCUUUAAAAUGUAAUCUAGAAAAAGAAAAAACAUUAACAAAGCAACUGUCACUGGAUCUUGAUGGCCUAAAAGCUCGCAUAGCAGACCUUGAAACCACUGAGAAUAAAUUAGAAAAAACAGAGUUCAUGCUUAAGGAAGAUCUGUCUAAAUUGAAAUCAUUAACUGUAAUGCUUGUAGACGAAAGGAAAACAAUGAAUGAAAAAAUAAAACAAAUGGAAGAAAAGGUACAGACUGCAAAUUUACAGCUGCAGUUGGAACAAAAAAAAGUUAUGUCAGUCACAGAAAAAUUAAUUGAAGAGAGUAAGAAAGCACUAAAAUUUAAAAAUGAUGCUGAAGAAAAAAUGACCAACCUUACAAGGGAGAGAGAUGAAUUGAAAAACAAACUGAAAAUAGAGGAAGAGAAGGGAAACGAUCUCUCCUCUAAAAUGAAUUUGCUAAGAAAAAAGCUUCAGUCCUUGGAAACUAUAGAAAAAGAAUUUCUUAAAAAUAAACUUAAAGAGACAAAACCUAACCCAGCUUUCCAGCAAGAAAACAACAAGAUUAAAGAACUAGUUCAAGAAAUUGAAAAGCUGAAACAUAAACUGAAAGAAAUGAAGGCCAUAGAAGAUGAUCUCAUGAAAACUGAAGAUGAAUUUGAAUCUUUAGAACGCAAAUAUGUUAACGAACAAGACAAAACCAGAUUUUUAUCAAAGGAACUUGAGACAGUGAAGAGAGAACUGGCACGCUAUAAGUUAGCAGAAAAGACAGAAUGCAACCACGAGCAGAGACUAUUCAGAAAACUCAAGGAAGAAACAGCCAAGUCAGGUCAUCUUUCAAGGGAAGUAGAUGCAUUGAAAGAGAAAAUUCAUGAAUAUAUGGCAACAGAAGAUCUAAUAUGUCAUUUAAGAGAAGACCAGAGAAUCUUGCAAAAGAAACUUACUCAACAAGAAAAUAAAAACAAAGAAUUAGACAGAGAAAUGGAAACUCUUAAGAAAGAAUUGGAGAGAUAUAGGCGUUUCAGUAAGAGCCUGCGACCAAGUCUCAAUGGAAGGAGAAUCUCUGACUUGCAAGUUGCCUCCAAGGAAGUACAAACAGAGCCAGUUCACAAUGAACUACCUGAUUACAAGAGUCUAGUUCCUUUGGAACGAGCUGUCAUAAAUGGACAUUUAUAUGAAGAGAGUGAUAAUGAAGAUGAUAAUGAUGAUGAAUCAAUGACAUCUUUCAGUGAUUCUUCCAUUACAAAUGUAGCAAAUAACAGCAAACUUUGGAUCCCUUGGAUGAAAUCCAAAGAAAGCCACAUUCAAAAUGGAAGAAUUUAUGCCAAGCAGAAUGGGAAUUGUAUUCAGCCUGGAAACUUAGUUUUAAGCCAAACACCAGGCCAGCCUCUUCAUAUAAAGGUCACUCCUGAUCAUGAGCAAAAUACAGCCAUGCUUGAAAUAACAAGCCCAAUUUCAGUGAAUUCCCACUCUUUUACUAGUACAGCUGUGAUACCCAAUUCUGGCACAUCAAAGCAAAGGAUAACUAUAAUUCAAAAUGAGUCUUUAAUUCCUAUAAAAUCUAAGUUACCUGAUGUCUACCCAGCUCAAGAGCAAACCAUGUCACCUCUUACUAUGACCACUUUUGCUAGAUCUCAAGUACCUGAAUCACGUGGUUCUGUAAUCUCUGAAAGAACAAUAUCUCCUUUGGCUUUGACAGGUAGAAGUUCCCCUGAGCAGUUACUUUCACCGGUGUCCUUGGAAAUGACUGACAAGCAUACUGUCUUCAAAGUAUCCCCCGAAAGGCAAUCAUCUGUGCAGUUUCAAAGAUCCAACAGUUCUAAUUCUAAUGUAAUAACUACUGAAGAUAAUAAAAUACACAUUCAUUUAGGAAAUCCUUACGCACAAACUAUUUCUAAUUCUAUAAAAAACAAUAGUUCUUGCACUCCUGAGCAAGACAACAGAACUCCAAAUGGAACACCAAGUAAAUCUGUCAACAAAAUUACCAGCAGCAUCACUAUUACACCAACUGCAACAAGUCUUCCCCGACAAUCACAAAUUACAAUUGCUGAUGUUUUCCGUCAAGCAAUUCCUAUUAGAAAUCCUAAAUCAAAAACCAUCAGUACAACAGUGCUACCAGUGAAAAUACCUUCUGGACAAUAGAAGAAACCAACUUAAGAUACUAAAGAUGAGACAUCAGACAUCACCAAAUAUAUUUCCAAUGUUGCUACUCAAAAUGUCAGGAAGACAUAAGACUGCUGAUGUGUGAGAUAAUCAUCACUUAACUCAUAAGUAGAAAUGAUUUUGCACACCAAUACAGCAAAAAAGAUUGAUGUUGACACUGGAAUUAAAAAGCAUUGAGACUUUCUUAUAACCAGAAAUCUACUAUUCAGUAUAAUCUUGCCCCAUUUUCCUAAUGUCAAAACAACAGCAAAACUGGACAGAGCAUAAUGAAGAGACUUUAAAAAUACAGCCACCACUCUGCUAUUAUUUUCUCCCAAUUUCCCAGUGCAGUAUUAAGGGCAAUUGUAUUCUUGAUUCACAACUCAAUCAACCUUAAAGAGACAAAGAGUUCUUUAAGGACUAAGGACAAGGAAUCAGAUAGAAAACAAAGUAUGCCAACCCUAGAAAAACAAGUGUUUUUAUCCUCAGCAGAAAAAAAAAAGCAGUGCUAUCAUGGCACUAUAAAAUUAUCACAGGAUGAUAAAAUGUCACCAGUCCCACUUCAGCUCCAACAGAAAACAAGAGGAAGAAAUCCUACAUAUUGCAUAAGCAUAUGAAGAAAUGGAUUACUGUCACCAAAUGUGCUUUUGAUGUGUUUUUCAAAAUUGAGAUGCUGUGAAUUUUGCUUGUCACAUGCAUUUUUACAUCAAUAUUUCUGACAUAAUAUGGUAAAUGAAAAACUAUUUUUAAAAUUGGAUUCUUUUAAAAUUAUUAGACCUGUAUGGAAUGUAGA